GCAGCAGCAGCAGCAAAUUCGCGUGCCUUGUGACUUCUGUCCACUUGCACAAUAUUUUCGGACGCGGAUGUUACAUAUUUUUGAAAGCAAUUGGCUGUUCGAUUGACGUUCGUGUGAUCAGUACCGACUCUCUAUUAUCCGUUAUCAUUCGUGGCUGGUCCGAUCAAUUAAUAAUUCGCCAUCAAAUCGUACAGGCAAGAUGUCUCGCAAAAUUUCCGAUACCGUCGCCGUUCUUCGCGGCAUGAAAAUUGUCGUGGAUGCAGUUCUGAGGGAGCAGGAAAAGAAGUUUCCCAACAUGAUGAAACAGUCCAACGUUCAAAAUUAUGCCGACGAAGGCUUCAAGGGUUUGGAGAAAUUACUUGGUGAUAUAGAUGCAAGUAAGGUUCCUGAAAAAUUAGGGAAGGAUUUGAAGGAAUUCGCAGAAAAAUUGCACGUUAUUGAAAAGGGUUUAUCUCAGUACUCUAAAAUUCGGCUCGAAGAAGUAUUAGGCUUUAAAAAUUUAUCAGAAAUAUUGCAAGAAGAUUUAAGUAGUUUAGGAAAAAAAUUGCAAGUAUUUGAUCCAUCUAAAGAUCCUAAGGAAGUACCUUAUAAUCAUAGCAAUGUAUCAUCAGAAAAUGCCCAAGCAUCUACUGCAUCAUAUGCAGCACAAUCUAAUGAAAAUGUACAAAAAUCUAGUAGUAAUAUAAAUAGAAAUCAAUCUCCAGUUAAGUAUGCCAGUGUAAAAGAGAAAAUAGAAACUAUAAGUGCAGUGAAUUCUGAAAUACCAAAAGUUGAAUUGUCUGAGAGAGAUAAACAAUUGUUGAGAAAAUUAGAAAUCGAGCAUGAAGAAAAAAUUCGAAAGCAACAAGGUCAUGAAUCUGAAUCAUCAGGAACAACAGGUUCUCAAUCAGACCCUAAAGAAAAUUUGAAAUCCAAACCAAAAGUAUACAGUAAGCCUAUUUCGUACUCUAAACCAAAAGAUACACUCUCAGAAAAUGCAAAGGCUAGAAAAGUUCCUUCAACAAGAAUAGGAAGAAUGGUCAGCUUUGGUACUCUUGGAGUUGGUCUAGGUGUAGGAACUUUAGCUGAAUAUGCAAGGAGGUCAUUGGGUUUUAAAGAAGCAAGUGUAGGUCAAACUUUGGAUAGCAUGUUCCUUACAAAAGCCAAUGCUGAAAGAAUUGUUGCUACACUGUGCAAAGUCAGAGGUGCAGCAUUGAAAAUUGGUCAAAUUCUUAGCAUUCAGGAUAAUACAAUUAUCAGCCCAGAGUUACAACAAGCUUUCGAGCGUGUUAGACAAAGUGCUGAUUUCAUGCCAACUUGGCAAGUUCAGAAAGUACUUGCUAGUGAAUUGGGUCAUGAUUGGAGAGAAAAAUUAGCUACUUUUGAUGAUAAGCCUUUUGCUGCUGCUUCAAUUGGUCAAGUUCAUCAUGCUACAUUAAAAGACGGUAGGCCUGUAGCCAUGAAAAUUCAAUAUCCAGGUGUUGCAGCUGGUAUUCAAAGUGAUAUUGAAAAUUUAGUUGGUGUGAUGAAAGUUUGGAAUAUGUUUCCUGAAGGAAUGUUCAUUGAUAAUGUUGUGGAAGUUGCUAAACGUGAAUUAUCAUGGGAAGUUGAUUAUGUCAGAGAAGCAGAAUGUACAAAAGUUUAUCGAAAGCUUGUUGAACCUUAUCCAGAGUAUUAUGUUCCAGAAGUCAUAGAUGAAUUUUGUACUAACCAAAUAUUUACUUCUGAACUAAUUGAGGGUGUUCCAAUCGAUAAAUGUGCAGAUUCAGAUAUGGAAACAAGAGAGCAUAUUUGUAGACUCAUCAUGGAGCUAUGUUUGAAGGAACUUUUUGUAUUUCGGUACAUGCAAACAGACCCUAACUGGUCAAAUUUCUUUUACAACACACAAACCAAACAACUGAUUUUGUUAGAUUUUGGUGCAUGUCGUAGUUACACUAAAGAAUUUAUGGAUAAGUACAUAGAAGUUAUAAAUGGUGCCAGUGAGGGGGAUAGAGGAAAAGUUCUUCAGAUUUCAAGAGAAAUGGGUUUCUUAACCGGCUAUGAGUCAAAAGUUAUGGAAGAAGCUCAUGUAGAUGCAGUAAUGAUUUUGGGUCAAGUUUUUGAUAGAGAUCACAAAUACUUUGAUUUUGGUGGACAAGAUGUUACUAGGAGAAUUCAAGCUUUAGUUCCAACGAUUGUACACCAUAGACUUUGUCCUCCUCCAGAAGAAAUUUAUAGUUUGCAUAGAAAAUUAUCGGGUGUGUUUUUAUUAUGUGCGAAAAUGAAUGUUAAGAUUAAUUGUCGAGAUAUGUUCCGAGAAGUCUACAGAAAUUAUAAAUUUGAUUAAUGUCAUUACUUACCAUUGAUUGUGAAUAUUAUAAGAUAAAUAUUAUCUUGUCACACUGUAUUAUAUUUUUUAGCUCUACAGAUCUAAUAAAUCAUUUUUUAUGAUUUUAGUUAAAA